UACACUCGGUUAGUCGGUUAGUCGGUUGUAUCUGAGCGCAGCUCUGUUCAGUUUGUUCCGUUUGCGCGCGGACUUCGCGUAAUUGACGUAAUUGACGUAAUGGUCGUACUCGUCUCCUGUCGCGGCUGUGAUUGGUCCAAACGGAGGAGGAGGGAGGGGGCGCGUGAGGGACAGCUGGAGCUGCACGAGCCCGGGGCAGACGCUGAGCGCGAGGCGAACGGGACGCAUCUCUUUGUCCCGUCAUCCACUGCGGCUCUCACGGGCUUCUGCUCCGCACCGCCGCCUCUCGCGGUGUCUCCCCGGUGACUCCGCUCCAUCUCCUCCGCCUCUCCGCCGCCACGCUCCCUCCUCCGGACCCCUGCGGAGCUCCACGCCGCCGACCAGGAGCCGUUUCCCGGGAACAAAGCCCCGUCUCUCCGGUCCAGUCGCAUGCAGCUGCUCCCCGGCUCCGGCUCCACCAAUGCAGAAAAGGGACAAAAGUUUCGGUAUCCAGAUGUUGUCCGUUCACCCGGACACAAAGCCUAAGGGCUGUGCCGGCUGUAAGAGGAAGAUCCAGGACCGUUUCCUGCUGAAGGCGCUGGAUCAGUUCUGGCACGAGGACUGUCUGAAGUGUGCGUGCUGCGAGUGUCGCCUGGGGGAGGUGGGCUCCACCCUCUACACCAAGGCCAACCUCAUCCUGUGCAGACGGGACUACCUAAGAUUGUUUGGAGUGACGGGGAACUGUGCCGCCUGCAGUAAACUCAUCCCGGCGUUUGAGAUGGUGAUGAGAGCCAAAGACAACGUCUACCACCUGGACUGUUUCGCCUGUCAGCUCUGCAACCAGCGGUUUUGCGUCGGGGAUAAAUUCUUCUUAAAGAACAAUAUGAUUUUGUGUCAGACCGACUACGAGGAGGGGCUUCUGAAGGAGGGAUACGCCCCACAGAUACGCUGACCCCGCCCCCUCACGCAGCUCCGCCCUGGGACCCUCCUGUACACACCAGCUCCCGUAGGUGGCGCCGUCUCGAGCCGCGGACACUUGGACUGGUCGAGACGGCUGCUGGUGCUGGACUCGUGCACACGGCGCCCCCUGGAGUCGACAGUUUGUACUUGAAUCAGCGUUUUGUUUACAGACCGACCGCAACGAGGAGCACAAUCACGGGACGGGGCCGAAAGUCCAACAGCUCAAAAUGACUCAGCUUUUUUUUCAGAUGUUAAACCCAAACGUUUCCUCUUAAACGGUGGCAGAGUGGUUAGCCCCUCCCGAAUUCACAACGUCCAGGGUUUAACUCCCAGACUCUUUAUGGAGUUUGCAUGUUCUGCCUGUGUCUGGGAUCCUCCGGUUUCUAUCAUCGAUAAAUCAUCUCUGAUC